AUGGUCUCCAACAAUGCCCCCGGGAUAGGCCAUAAUCCCCAACCUCCUCUCCUGUCCCAACCCACUUGCCGCCGGCCUCCCUUCCACCUCCUCUCCUCCGUCCGUCCGCCCCAUGCCCCCCGCCGUGUGCGUCACGCCGGCGGCCGCGCGCCCGCCGCUCCUCGUCUCGCGCCGCUGCCCGCCCCCGCCCCGGCCCCGGUGCCGGCAACGAAGCCGUCCCCGCCCACCAGGUCCGGGAUCCCGCCGCGGUACGACCUCGACGCCAAGUGGGACGCCUGCCUCGACCUCUCCAUCUGCCGCGUCGCCUACUCCUCCCUCGCCGGCGCCUUCGGAGGCCUCAUCCUCUUCCGUAGCCCAACAACCCGCUGGGCAUCAGUUGCACUUGGAGCUGGUGUGGUGAUAGGGGCUGCGUUCACCAAACUGGUCGCCCCUGAAUGCUCAUACAUAUUCAAUGGUUCUCCUCCAAAGUGGGGAAAGGUAAGCAUUUCUCUUCUCCCCCUUACCCUCUGUCCGUCUCCUUCCUCCGAUUGCUUGCUGCACCACAGCAAGUAAUUAUUUUUUCAGAGAGGAGAAGAGGAGAGGUCUUGCAAUCCAACUUACCUGUAUUCUUGAACAAAUGAAGCACAAUACUUUGCAACACCUCAAGUUUCAAACUGAAUAAAUUACGUUGGCCACCU